AAGAGGGCUGUGGGACCCUACUGCAGAGGAGCACAGUGCAGAGUGGGAGCCUCAGGUCGGGUUUAGCCAGAUAUCUCGGUCGGUAAUGAGCUGUUAAAGCGUGUCUGAGAUAUUACAGUAAUAAUUUAUGGUAUCUAUAGACUACAGACUGUGCUAACGCGUGUAGCGCGUUCCUCCCCGCAGUGUUGACCGGAGUGGACCACAUGUCUGUCCGUCAACAUCAGCUCCUCUGCAGGCGGGAGCCGCCUCCUGUAGUCUUCAGGACUGUGUUUUAAACUCACACAUUGAGCUUAAUGCGACUCCUCUCCGUCGGUUCCCUCCAGAGGAUGAGAACGCUAACAUUUGGGCUAACCCUGGUUCGACAUGGCGAAACACGCUACAAUAAAGAAGGCCUGCUACAAGGCCAGGCUAUAGAUUGUCCCUUGUCUGAGACUGGGCUGCAGCAGGCCGAGGCUGCAGGCUGUUACCUGAAAGAUGUCACGUUCAGCAGUGUGUUUGUUAGUGAUAUGCUGCGGGCCCAGCAGACUGCUGCAACAAUAAUGAAACACAACAGCAGCUGUUCUGCUCUACAGAUGGUGUGUGACCCUUUACUCAAAGAGAUAUUACUUAUUUUUCAGAGCUUUGGGAUAGCAGAGGGAGGACGGUUGCAGGAUGUGAAAGAGAUGGCCAAGGCAGCCGGUCAGUCUUUUCCAGGCUUCACCCCUCCAGGAGGGGAGACUGAGGAACAGGUGAAGGAGCGGGUCAAAGAGUUUAUGGAGAAAAUGCUCCAGCAGAUUGGGACCGAACAUGACAGAUGGGAGGAUGAAACCUCCAUAUCUGCGCCACCAGACACCUCUCCUGUCGAGGGAAAGGCAGACGACGGUGUCAGGGACAUCCCCAUCCAUGCUUUGGUUGUCACCCACGGGGCCUACAUGUGUGUGGCAGUGCGUUACUUUGUGGAGGAGUUGCACUGCGCCUUGCCUCCGGGGUCUGACAGGGCACAUAUGUUCUCUUUAAGUCCUAACACAGGUCUGUGUCGGUUUAUCCUCACCAUGAGAGAAGAGCACGAAAGGUUCAAAGUGUCGGGGAUGAGCUGUGUGUUCAUACACAGGGGCGACCAUGUUAAGCAGUAGGAGCUAAGUGAAGAGAGGGGGUUCAAGGAAUGUAUUUGAGAGGACUAAGAGAAGAAAGUGAGAUGUGCAAUGAGAGAAAAACUUCAGACUCAAACAAUCAGGUUUACAAAGGUUUUUCAUCUAUGUCAUUUAUUUGCUUGGUCACAAUACAGUUAAUUUAUUUUAUUUAUUCACUUUUGAAAUUAAUGGACGGACAAAGUUUUUUCCUGGCUGUUCAUUAUAAGUAUGUUUUACCAUUGAAUUAUGCCCCCCAGAAAAAUCUUAGGUCUAGUUUUUGAUUCAUUUGUCAUUGAAAAACAUUCAAAAUUUUAAGAAGGAAACAUAAAUAGACCUUUAUUAUUGUGGCUAAAUCACUGAAAAAGACAAAUCACUGGAAAAGACAACAUGUUCCAGUCACUAGGUUUCAACACAGCCCGGAUGAACACCUAGAGGUCAAAACAUAUUCACACAUUUUCUCACAUUCAGAGGGCCUGGAUUGCCUUCUUAUUUUAGAAGGGUUUUUUUGUUUGUUUACCAAGAGCAUGCAACUUAACUUUUUAAUUAUAUUAAAUUAUAUAUUCCAACCAAUCAUCUAAUUGUCCUUAGAAUAUGCUUUACACUAAAGGUCUGAGCACCUUCAUUUAAACUCAGAUGGUUAGUGUUGCAGGGCUGUGCCAUCAUUACUUUGUCACUGUCUGGCUGUUCAUUACAGUAAAUGUGGGCGACUUUCAGCUCUAAUGAGUACGUGUUUCUAUUUUUACCCUCCUGAAGUUCAUGGAUUUUGCGUAGGAACACAGAGCUGGACCGCAGCAGUGUUGACUUUUUGGAAAUCAGUGACUCUUUCAUUGUUGUGAAUCAACACUUGGGACAAAAGCUUGUCGAGAAGCGAGAGUUCACUCUGCGUUUUGUGCUAUGGGGCCCAUGCACUGAUUGUCUGCUUUCACUCCGCUCCAUACCAUUAUCAAGAGAACAUACAGCAAAUGACUACUGAACUGGAUUGUAUGAGAAAAACUUUCAAUGACUGACAGCAAGUGAAAACUGUAUAGUUCAGUGCUUGAGGAAGAAAAUGUAGCUAUCACUGGUUUCUUGUUCAUUUUCUAAAUAUAAACGAAUAAAACUACGUAGAAAUCAGA